CAACCCAGUUCAGCCAACGUUGCGGCAUCAAAACACACUGAAAGAGUUCGCUUCGUUCGUUUGGCUCUGCAGAUCGGCAGCCAUAAAAUUUUCGCGAUAAUCUAAUUCCGCAGGAAUCGGGAAAUUGUUCUCCAUUUUACGUGUCCGGCAAACGUUCCGGUGAAUGCGCGUGUCGUGAAUUGUGUCAGCCAGGAAAAAGUUCCGAGUGCAAUCGAUAAUCAAGAGGAUUUAGCAGAGUCAGCAUCCGAAAGCCGCAGGCAAGGAACCAAUCGUCGCCCAGUUCGACAUUUUUCUUUUUUAGUGUCCAGUGAUACAGUUUUUUACUUGGGAGAAAGCGUAUUUACCAGCAUUCAGCUUAAAUGUCAGAACCUCAGUCUUCGUUGCUGCUGAAAAAACAGUUAGCAGAGUUGAGCAAAAACCCUGUUGAGGGAUUUUCAGCCGGACUAAUCGACGACAAUGACAUCUUCAGAUGGGAAGUACUUAUCAUCGGCCCUCCAGAUACCCUCUACGAGGGCGGUUUCUUCAAGGCACACCUGCACUUUCCGAAGGAGUACCCGCUGAGGCCUCCGCGCAUGAAGUUCGUCACAGAGAUCUGGCACCCGAACAUCGACCGCAACGGAGACGUGUGUAUCAGCAUCCUGCAUGAGCCAGGCGAUGACAAGUGGGGCUACGAGAAGGCUUCCGAGCGCUGGCUGCCGGUGCACACCGUAGAAACGAUUCUAAUAUCGGUGAUCUCGAUGCUGGCCGAUCCCAACGACGAAUCGCCGGCGAACGUCGACGCGGCCAAGGAGUGGCGAGAGGCGUAUCCAGAAUUCAAGCGGAAAGUGGCGCGAUGUGUUCGGAAGAGUCAAGAGGAUUAGAAACAUUAUGAGACGGAGGGAAGACGAACAGAGAGCAACACGAAGGAAUGAACGAAGAAGGACAUUCAACAGGUGAUACCAGAGCCAGACACAGACAUCGGGAGAAGAAACAGAUUCCGCUCUUUCUCUCUCUUUUGCUCUUAUUCGAUUGCACUGUCAUGGCUAAAUGAACAGAUUACAGAGAGGGAGGAGCGAAUCAGAUAAUUGCUUGCUGGAGAGAGUAAACACUCAGGAAAAUCAAUCACACGUUUGUCCUGUUGAAAAUUACGUGCUUAUACAAAUAGGUGUAAAGUGCCCGCUAAAUGAUUGAGAAGAACAUGGAAGGAGUGAGUGAUUAAUGACAAAACGGUGUGGCACUCUGGCCAAAAUAAACCGGAUGAUAAACCAUUUUGCGACGACUGCUCAUUAUACUUGAAUUCAAGCUAUUCAGAAUAGAAGGAAAACUACUGUAAUGAGAUUGAUACUAAGUAUAAGUUAAAAUAAUUUCCACCUUCUACUGAAGAACACAUUCAGUGUUUCGUUCUGUAUGUUUAGGAAGAAACAAAAAAAAAAAAGCUUUUUAAAUUUACGUUGAAAAUCUGAAACUUUUGUGUGAUACUUCUGUUUCCUAAUAAUUACAAAAAAAAAGAACAAAGCAAACAAAAUACAAUUCGAAAAAUAGGAAGAUUGCCCGCCCUCGGCUGGGCUGUCUGGCUGAUAAUAAUGUAAAUAGUGCAGUUUCCGCGUAGACAGGCAAACGAGAAACAACGUGUAACCAAACCAAACCGACUAAAGUAAUUUCUACCGCGCAUCCUUCCUUGGAUCUAUGGUUAAGAGUAAUCCCGCUAAAAACGAAAUAAUAAAUACCUAUUACCUUACACACAACUAACAUUUACGAACUGAAAGUUAAAACAUCCAAGUCAACAGAAAAAAAAACUACACCACCACCACCACCACAAAUGCAACACUUAUUCUUCUACUUAAAGAAAAAAAAAAACAAAUAUAAGUAACAUUAUUGAUUUAAGUUUGCUAGAAUAAAACAGCAAGACAAUUAACAAAAUAAUAACGAAGCAUUUCAUUUAACACCCUCUCCACCCCCGUUCCACAACACUCAUCGCCCAUUUCGCUUCCUUUUUCAUUCGUUUCGGACAUCGCCUCGGCAGAACUCGAAUUGUUAAAAACCCACUUUCAGAAUUACACACACACACCUACCCAACUCCCCCCAUCCCCAAAGAAGGGUAAGGGGACGCAAAAUUGUGUAGUUGCUUCCGUGAAAAUUACAAAAAAAAAAACAAACAAAGAUGACUGAAGUGAUGGAUGGUUGUUAGGAGAAAAGAAAACAAUACAAUGAUGUGUAUUGAGAGCAUUUGCCAACAUCACAUAACACACUCGAACACAGUAAUAAAUUGAAACAGCCUGAAAAUAAGGAAA